AUGAUCAAAUCAAGAAUACUAAAUUGUAUAAAGAGUGGAGGCAAUGAGUUGGAGUUGAGCCAACUCAAGUUGAACAAGUUCCCGCCAGAGUUGAAGAAGCCUUUGUCAAAGUCACAACAGAUGGUCAUAAAGUCAUUGGACUGCAGUGCGAAUCAGCUUAAUGAUCUGCGAUGGGACCUGUCGUCAGACUUUGACCAACUCGAAUCACUCAAUGUGGCCAGCAAUCCAUUGUCCUCAGUGCUGAUGAUCGGACUGCCUGGCGCAGGCUGGCUGCGCGCACUCUCACAGAUCAACCUGUCCAAGUGUCGAUUGACACGUCUUGGCGCACUCGAUCUCCAACAGAUGCCAUGUCUGCGUCGCAUCAAUCUGUCCAGCAAUGACAUUGUCGAGAUCAACGAUCAGGCCUUCAACGGACUCGCGCAGCUCGAGGACUUGGACCUCAGCUUCAACCAGUCGCUUCUAUCGCUGCCCUCCUCACUGUUCCAUCACUGCGCGCAGAGCCUGUCAGUGCUCAACAUGGCCGGAUGUCAGUUGCAGAGCAUGGCCAACAUCGUCGUAUUUGAGAAGCUUGGCGAUCUGAACCUGUCGGGCAACUCGAUCGAUGAGAUGCCCGAGUCGAUUGGACGUCUCUCGCGACUGCACACACUGCACCUGGGCAACAACAAGAUCAAGCACGUGCCACUAUCGAUCGGACACUGCUCGGCACUCAGGAGCAUCGUCCUCACUGGCAAUCCAAUCGAAGACUACGAGACACUUGGAGCAAUGACCGUUGGCAACGAUAAGCUUGUGGCGUUCCUCAUACAGCGCGCAGGCGGCGCCAUUGGCCAGUCGCACAACAGCACAUCACUCGAAUAUGGCGGCGCCAAGCACAGUCGCUCAACAUCGCCACAGAACGUUGCGGUCGGAGGCUACAUGGGCUCGGCCAACUCGUCGUCCUCUUCACCAGCCAUCAACAUCACGACCUCAUCAUCACCUCUGCCGAUCACCCCACCACACUCCUCGUCGCCGUCUCCCUUCUCCCUCUCGCUGUCACAGUCGCCUGCACGACCUGGCAUCGCCGCGUCAUCGAUGGCACCAGCGUCACCACAUCUAACCGAGCUGGACGUGGCCAAAGAGAAGAUAUACGUGCUGAUACGCUAUGACCUCAAGGCCAACAUCACGGCCAUGUACGACAAGAUCAACAAGGCGCCAAACAUCGACGAGAUGGUGCAGCUGGGCAAGAUCGUGCGCACGACACAGGCCGACUCGGAGCGACUGGCCGCGCUGCUCUCCUACAAGAAGUUCCACUUCACGAUGACGGUGAGCACGGCGUCGCUCGUCACGACCAAUCCGCAGACACCCGACGAGAAGUUUAUAUAUCUCAAGCAGUUGCUCAAGUCCAAGAUCGAGAUGAUACUCGUCUACUCUCGAUCCAUUAUUGAUCAUCUGGAAAUCUUUCCUACUACCAUUACUCCUUCUACCACUCCUGCUACUACUACUCAGCUGUUGCAACAACAUGUUUAA